AGGAAUGUUGAUAUUAGAGGUUUGCCAGGCCAACCGGACUGGUCUUAUUUUGAGACUGAAGAUGCAAAGGAUAAUUUGAGAUUGCCGAGGUAAAUUAUAGGAACUUUUUUGUGUUCAAGGUGAUUUGGUUUGUGGGUCCUACUUUAACUUACAUGUUUCCUGUUCUUUCCCUAAAACUUUGGCAGUGAAGAAUCAUGCUCAUCUAGCGCAGGUUAAGUUAUUGAUUUCAUAAGCUGCUCUGAUAAUUCAUUGUCAGUCCGUUGUAGUCUUUAAUGAAAAGCGCCUCUUGCGAAACAAAAGCAAUUAUUCAAAACAAUUCAUUGCAGUGAGGGGCGAAACAAUAAAUAGUUCACCUCCAAAUUCAACGCCUUGGCAGAGCAGGAGAAUAAGCAAUACUUGUGGCAGAACUAGAAGGAAGUAUGACGUGGACAGUGUUUUUACCAAGGAAACAAAUUGCACAGACAGGGAUAAUCUUAGGCUACGAUCUAGAAAUUGUAUGACGACGCCAGUGCUUCCCAAGUCAAAAGCCACCAAGCCCAUAAGCUCUUGUUUCCGAGGGAUAAUAGGAUCUUCUCAGACAUGGUUGCUUGAGGAAGGAUGCAAUUCGGAUGAUAUAGAUUUGGGUUUCAGUUCUUUCCAUUGUACCUCAGAGGCAAAACUUCCAUCCUUAGGAUGCAAGCUGUGGACCGAAGAUCCUAUCGGUACAUUUCCUGUUCCUGAACUCAAUGUUGCUGUCAAAUCUUGUUUUGAUAGACCUGAGCACAGUGAAUCUAUCCAAUGUUCACCUUCUGGCUGUUUUACCUCUGAGAAUUCUGCAUUCGGCCAACCAUUUAAUCAUACGAACUCUUAUGAUUCUCCAGUAUUCUCAAAGGUUAGGUCUGGAUCAGUCAAGCAAGAUUUAUCUCCAGCUUCUAGAGUACAAGUUGUUUCCCUGGAUUCAUCCCAUACUGCUGGUCCGCAUGGAGAGACGGGGUUUCCUGACUUAUCAGUACAGGGAAGUAUCUGUGGAGAUGAGAAAAGAAAAUCAAACCUCCGGCCAGCCAAGUGUGAACAAUUUGAACUUGAAAAAGAAAAUACCCCUGGAAAUGAUUUAUUGUUUUCAGAGGACCCAAUGGCAGUGGAUAGUUCAAAUUCCAAGAGCAUGGAUAUUGAAUGCAAGGAAGCAAAAGAUGGAACCCUAAAAGCAAAGGAGAACCUAAAAACAACAUAUUCUCCUGAGCAUGGUGAGGAAACAUCAUCAUCUGUUAAGAUCCAUGACAAAUCCGAAAGCAGUACAAAUGAGACAGGGUGUAAUUGUGAUGCAGAAAUUCCUCUUCCUUGUCAAAGUGGGACUGAAGAUCCCAAUGCAGGAACAGGAAAUGCUAAGCUUGAAGAGGAAAAAGCGAUAAGUAGAAGAGAGAGUAAUGGUGAGGAGUCAUCCAAGCAGGUGAUGGUGCUUGAGCUUGAAGCCUAUGUUGUUCAACUUGUUUGCGUAGAGAAAGUUGUAAAGGAGGCAUCUGCCCUGGACAUCGUGAAGAAGGUAUAAUACAAAAAUAUAAAAUACAAUUGCAAAUUGGGUAAAAGAGGAUGCUGUCUUUCCUGACUCUUCCACGUUUGCACUCAUCUCUGGAGGAUACAAUUGCAUCAUACGUUGAAGUUAAAAGUUGUCUAGAUUGAUAAGAUAGACCAAAAAAGCUGCAGAAUUUGUGCAGACUGAUUUUCAUUUUAACUCACUAUUUUUUUUUUUUAAAUAAUGUCUACUGAUGCU